AUGGUCUCCUAUACGAGAGAUUUGCACAUUCUAAUAGCACGUACCACAGCAUUUAUCGACGAACGCUGUCAGAAUGUGUUCGGACAAAUUGAUUUGGACAAAUACUAUCCCGGUUUGAAUGGGAACGCCAGUUUGAUUCACGGAGAUCAUAAACGAUCGGAUGAGUCUGUUCGUUUACCCAAAUUAAGAUCCGAUCACACUCUGGUUUCGACCGAUCACGUGAAUUUGGUUCCCCCGAACGAGGAAGAGAUCAGCCUGUUACGUUUACUGUCCCUGUUGGAACAUCACGUUGAGCCGAGCUCAAAACUGUUGGAGGAUUUUCUGUCGGAUGCGUCUAAAUGGAUGCAACAUUUGAUCGAUUGGUUUGCCGCCCCGAAUCGAUUCGUGGCCCUGGCCCAGUUCAUCCUCUGUCCGACCACACGAAAUCGACUGAUCGAGCAGUUGACCAGUUUCAAUCGAGUGAUGAUUUUGCAACUGGCUCAAGCCGUGGUUAUUACCCCACAUUGGACAUUCAAAUCUGCCGUGGAAUGGGAUAAACAGUCCACGACCGGGACAAAACCUUCCUUCAACUUACACAACAGUUUACCGUACACAUUGUUAAACUAUUUGGACACAAUCGCCUCGAUCGAUCAGUCCGGAUUGUGCAAACUGUUAGCAGCCCCGAUUGUGAAACUGAUCGCACGAAAACGUAUUCACAUGUAUGAACAGUGCACAUUUCCAGACAUGGAUCCGGGACGAUCGGCCAACACGAGCUCACUUUUGUUUGUCUUUCUCACAGUCCGAGCAUAUGGUCUGACACAGUUAUGUCAUCGUGUGGUGGAUUUUAUCAAAAACAGUCCGGAGUUGAUUGACGGAUCGUUAAAAGAUUUGAUUCUAACUCGUUCACCGGAUGUGUUCACACUGCGCACGUGGUCAGCAACAAGCCGAGCAUUUUAUGCUAUCAGAAUUGAGAAGGUGGGAAAGCAAUCGUAUGCUGCACAGUUGACGGUCGUACUGAUGUGGAAUGCCGCACCACAUAUUGAUUGA